CUGCUGGAGUGGAGACUGGAGAGGGUGCAGCCUGAAAACCCAGGAGGAGGUAGGGCUUUGUCACGGCGGAGAGGCAGCCUACUCGUACGCCGGAAGCCACGCGAAAAACAAAUCAUUGUCGCCCGCGACCAGCCGCCGCCCCCAGCGGCAGCAAACCCCCCUCUUCUUCCCCUUCCUCCACACUCCACUCCACUGCAUCCCCUUCCCCACCACCCCCUCGCCGCCUCCAAAUGCCGGCGCCGCCCCUCCGCCGCUCCUCCCCCAUUCCCCUGCUGCUUCUAUUGCUGUUCGUCUCAUCUCCUCUCUUCUUCUCCCCAAGCCCCGCUGCAACAGCCGUCGGAGAUUGCCCUUUGGAUUUUAGUUGGGCAAACUUCACAUUAGCCUCGGCUGCCUGCUCUGAUCCAUCCCAGCGGCCAGCCUGCUGCCGCUACAUCAAUGCUCUCGUCGCCAUUUCCAUUGCUCGCUACACCAAUGCCACCGGUAGGCUGGGCGUCCCUCCUGCCUUUGCAGAGAUCUGUCUCAGCUCAGUGUCCGAAACAUUCAAGCUGCGGGGCAUCCCCACUGACGCGGAUGUCUUUUGCGGGCUAGGCCCAAAAAUAAGGGUUUCAUAUCAGUGCGCUGGACGGGAUACUGUGCUGGAAAUGAUGCAAUCCCCGAAUUUCAAUGAUGUUAUUGGAAGCUGCAGGGGGGCUCUAUCACUGGAUAUCACCUGCAAGACUUGCUUGAAUUAUGGCAUUGUGUACCUUCAUCGCCUCAUCGGUUCAGAUGAUAAUGUUGCCCUGAGUGUGUGCCGCAAUGCAAUUUUUGUAACGCUUGCGACUCAAGAGGGUUUUCUUUCAUAUGACGAGAUUGUCACAUGCUUCUUUGGUGUCCAAGGAAUCACCACUUUUCCAGGACCAUCCUCUGUCACAUCUACUCCAGCAUCCUCUCCAAAUGUCACUGUUGAUUCUCCAGCGCCAAGGAUCAAGAGUAUUCCACAGAAACAUCAGCAGCAUUAUCGGAUUACAGCUAUUCCAGGGAUAGGGAUAGGGGUUAUAUUGCUUGCCGUGCUUCUGCAGAUCAUAUUAGUGGUACUGAUUCGUAAAAAGAGCAAAGAGCUUAAGAAUGCUGAAUUCCCUGCUCAGAAUCAAGAGAACACAUUUCAUCACAACCAAUCCUGGAGAUACCCUGAAGGCCAAUCACCAAUGUUCCAAAGGUAUAGCUACAAAGAAACAACUAAAGCAACGGACAAUUUCAGCACAGUUAUUGGAAAGGGAGGUUUCGGAACUGUCUUCAAAGCUCAAUUUAGUGAUGCCUCUGUCGCCGCAGUGAAAAGGAUGGACAAGGUUUCAAGACAAGCCGAAGAAGAGUUCUGUCGGGAAAUGGAACUCUUGGCUAGGUUGCAUCAUCGUCAUCUCGUGACCCUCAAGGGCUUCUGUAUUGAAAAGAAAGAAAGGUUUCUUGUAUAUGAAUACAUGGCGAACGGAAGCCUAAAAGAUCACCUGCACUCAUCUGGAAGGAAGCCAUUAAGCUGGCAGACUAGGCUACAGAUUGCAAUGGAUGUGGCCAAUGCUCUUGAGUAUCUCCAUUUCUUUUGUAACCCUCCACUCUGCCAUAGAGACAUCAAAUCGAGCAACAUUCUUUUAGAUGAGCAUUUUGUUGCCAAGGUUGCUGAUUUUGGCCUUGCGCAUGCAUCAAGAACUGGGGCCAUCAGCUUCGAAGCUGUGAACACAGAUAUACGAGGAACGCCAGGGUACAUGGAUCCUGAAUACGUGGUAACUCAAGAGUUGACAGAGAAGAGUGAUAUAUACAGCUAUGGUGUGCUUCUCCUGGAGCUUGUGACUGGACGGAGAGCAAUCCAAGACAACAAGAACUUGGUUGAGUGGGCUCAGAUGCACCUGUCCUCUGGAGUGAUCUCCCCUGAAAUGGUAGACCCGAGGAUCAGGUCCGAUAUUGACAUGGACCAGCUGCAUCUGGUGAUUGGCAUUGUCCAGUGGUGCACCCAGAGAGAAGGGCGGCAGAGGCCAUCCAUCAGGCAGGUGCUGAGGAUGCUCGCAGAGAGGCUGGAUCCCGGCAAUGGCAGCUUUGGUGAGGGAAUGGAAGACGCCGAGGGGGGCUUUUAUCCUCGGAGCAGCAAAAGUGGCGCCCAGCACCGGAACGAGCUGAUCCCCCACAGCGGUGACAUGAGGUCCCUGCAUUCCUCAUCGAGCACAACGAGAUCUUACUGCAGCCGUAGCAUGCUACUUGAAAGUGGGCAGACUCAAUCGCCCCCAGAAACUCUAUGACGAAAUCUGCUUUCUGCUUUGACACAGGUGCAAAAUUUUUGCCUGCUCAUGAUAAUGUCAAGGGUUCUGUCAGGUUGGGUACAUGUUGACGCUGAAGCGGCUCAUGGUGUUGUGCAAGUUAUAUAUACCAAGAAAAAGAAAAGGAUACUGUAAUUUGUGUGCUAGUUGAGGCGAAGCCAGGACAGAAGGUGGGAGGAAGAGCUGUUGUUUGAUCCUGCUGGAAGCAGAAGAAUGCAGGUCUGGUUUUGCAGAGACUGUUUGAGAAGGCAGCAGGGUUUAGCAUUCUUUAUAGAACAUGGUGUUGCUGGUAUGAGGAUGUCUGUGUGGAUCUUUUUCUUUUCCUCUCACCUAAAACUGUUUGCAGAUGGAUCUCGUCUGAGUAGCGUGCUUGGUGUCGGUGAAUGCGUUUGGCCACGUGGGGACAGUCAGUCCCAUGCAUCAUCGUAGG